CUUUGAGCAGUUAGCGAGAACGGACGGAAUUUCGUGCGAGUCGUUUGACCACGAUACAGGGUUUACCGAGUGGCUUUCAAAUGACAACGAGCUAAUGAGAAUGCUACCAGACACCCUGCUGCAGGAUGCAAUCAAUUUGCGUGUUCUUCACCUUUGCUAUAACAAACUAACCAUGCUGAACAAACAUCUACUGAAAUCUCUAAGGCAUUUGGAAAAGUUACAUCUCGAACAUAACCAGCUACAUAUGAUCGAUGUGGAUGCGUUCACGUCUCAGACAGAGUCCCUAAUAACGCUCAAUCUCAGUCGCAACAGCAUUACGCUAAAUGAAGAUAACAGAGAUGUAUUCUACAGCAAUGAGGAAAUCAACAUUACAUCCGGGAUUAUUUUCAGCACUUUGAACAAAGUUCAGUACCUGGAUCUUUCGUUUAAUGCUAUUGUAAAAAUAUUAGAUCCCUUUAAAAAUUUUAUGAAAGACCUUCGAACGCUCGACCUAUCUCACAACCUGAUCACACACGUUGGCUAUAAAGACUUGCUAUUUCCAUCACCCAAUAUCGAUCUAGUUAAUUUGGAGUCAAACAAGAUUACCCAUCUCGACUUCGACCGUAGCCGGAUUGAAACGCGCCAUCGCUUACCGAAGGAAAUUCUUCUUGCUAAUAAUCCACUCAACUGUGACUGCAUGUCCUACCCGUUAGUAACAUAUCUAAAAGCGGAACCAGACUCCAGUAAAUCGUUCCUGCUAAAGGGACUUCAAUGUGCUCAGCCGUCCAAACUGUUUGGACUCCAACCGCAAGACGUGCAACUGGAGGAUUUGGUUUGCGAAAUUGAUACCUUCUCGGAAUUCUGUCCGGCCGAGUGUAAAUGCUACAAACGGGCCGUAGAUCAAUGUGCCAUAGUAAACUGUAACGCAGCGAACCUUACCCAUGUGCCCAUCAUCCACAGCCCCUCUAACAUCGGGUGCAAUUUUAUCGAACUGCAUCUGGCACAGAAUAAACUGCAUUAUCUAUCCAACGCGGGUGAGGGAUGGAAUUUCGUUCGUUGGCUUAACGUAUCAAACAACAGCCUUGGCACUUUGUUUGCAGAAAGUCUACCCGAAAUGCUUGAGCUGCUCGAUGUCUCUGGCAAUCAAUUAACCGCGAUCGAUGCCGCCCUCAUAGGCAAAUUAAAUCAAUCCACCCUGCAUAACAUCAGCCUUGCGUUGAAUCCAUGGGAUUGUUAUUGUGAAAAUCAACUGCUUACCUUUGUAGUCGAUAAUGUGGCGCGCAUAACCGAUUACUACACCCUCCAGUGUAUCGACGGUAAACCGAUAAACCUGGCUACUUUGAAAGAGCUGUGUGGUACGAUAAUUUUGUCUCGUUUGUAUAUCAGCGUGGCAGUUUCAAUGGCGUCGGUUGGCUGUUUGCUCUGCAUAUGGUUGUAUGCAAAAUUCAACUUGGCGAUCAAAGUGUGGCUUUUUAGGCAUAACUUGCUGCAGUGGUUGGUUACGGAGGAGCAUACUGAUAUGAAUAAGAGAUACGACGCAUUCAUCUCAUACUCGCACAAGGAUGAGGAUUUCGUCACGAAAGAACUGUUGCCGAGGCUUGAGAGCGAAGAGCUCAACUUCAAAAUCUGCUGGCACGUGCGUGACUUUGUGCCGGGGGAGAUGAUCGCCAACGAGAUAGCGAAAGCUGUUGAAGAAUCGCGUCGCACAAUUAUUAUCCUCUCGCUCAAUUAUUUCGAGUCCAUGUGGGGCCAAAUGGAAUUCAGCGCGGCGUACUUACAGUCGUUGGUAGACAAGCACAACCGUGUUAUUCCCAUCAUUUAUCAAGACAUUGGAGAUAUUGAUCAACUCGAUCCACAGCUCCGAGCGUACCUCAAGACCAACACGUAUGUCCGCUGGGACGAUCCGUGGUUCUGGGAUAAGCUGCACUACGCCAUGCCUCGUAAGCGUCGGCCGAAGGAUGUGCAGACAACCGACAACAUGCGCAUGGCUUCGGGGGAUAAAUUAAAUUUGCCGAUCAUCAUGACGCCUCCUAUCAAAUAAAAAAAAAUCUCAUUCAUUUUCACUCCAGCUAAAUAUAGAGAUAGAGAUAAUAUAGAGAAUCGUGCAUGCAGUUGGCAUGUCAUUUACGGCACUAAGAGCAUUCGAUUUAAGUAGUGAUAAGCGUAAAGUGUAAUAUAAAAUCUUACAAUUAGUUAUAAUUAAUUUAUAAAAGAAUGACAGUUUGUACAUAUAGUGGCUUACUGAUAAUACAGCUGCAAAUGAUUUGUACUGUGAGAUGACAUGUACUGCCCAUACAAUUUAAUUUGUUGGAACAAGCUUGUCCUCUCUGAGACAAUUAUGCGUAUUCUAAUUCUUAAUGUCAAUUAAUUUUGGAGACCCAUCUAAACAACAGAUCAGCCGCCUCUGAUGCCUCUGAGCCAUGAGAAAAGGCAUAGCACGCAUUUUGUUCUACAUAUUCGUCGUGGUAAACGGCAACGGCAAACAUACACAUACCAAAUCUUAAAGCGAUCUCAAAUACGAGAAGACGUUUCAUUACAGCUACAUUGCCAAUUUUGUUCUGUUUCUCAUUAAGUAAUUUAAUUAAGCCUGAUGAUUUUAUAUCAAUUAUGGAUGGUGUAAUAUUUUAUUUAUGAAAUAAAACUAACAGCCAUCUCUACAGCAA